UCUAAGUCACGAAGAGAAUACUUAGUUUUAAAAGCUAAUCAAGUCGAUUAUUGUCCAAGAACGUCUUACCAACUUCACAAUUUAAAUUAAAAUGAAACACUUCUGUUUUUUAAUAUCUUUAUUCUUCGUGAAUAUUUUGGCAAAUGAUCUAUCGGAUUAUAAGGAGAGUGUUUAUAAUAUAAAUGAUCUCAUCAGGCGAGCUCAUUAUAAGAAUGAUGUGACUGUAGGAGAUAGAUCUGGAGCAAAUGGAUUGGAGCAUAUAAUUGAAUUAAUGAUUGAUGAUGACCAUAUUUACAAGGAUUUCCGCAAAAUUAAUUGUUUGAUCGCUGUACCGGAACGUCCGAAAAUGAUCCGUAAAGUACUGGGACCUCACUCUAACAUAUUGAAAAAUGCCACGUUUUUCCAUGAAAAAAUGCUAACAGAAAUGGCAUCUAUAUUAGGAAUUCAAUUGUAUGGAGUAAGAUACCAAUUUUGGGGAAAAUUGAAAACCCUUGGAGACAAUAGAAGAGAACUUGUUGUUCCAGCUUUAAAACAAAUAAUCUUACGUGUUCUUGAUGGUGGACCCUCUGUAUUACGGGUGUGUCGUUUGAUGGGUUUAUACUUGAGUACACAAUUUCCAAAUUCAUACAUAAAAAAAAUUCAGAUUGACCCGACUGAUGGUACUUGUAUCCUAGGGGAUAGAAAAAAUACCAACUGGAGAUACGGAAAAAUUGAUGAAGAAUGGUCGCAAAUAAGCUUAGAGGACAUAAACGUACCAGUACAAUCAGUUAAGGAACAGUUACAACUUGGAUUUCCACAAGUUUUACACUCAUCAGACGAAAGCGAAAACUCCUUAGAAGAAGAUAAUAAUUAUUACGCAUCGAGAUCAUCUAUAUGGCCUUUUCACCGUGGCUAGAGACAAAUGCUGUAGGCACCGAUUCUUAUUCUUCGCUUUUUGUAAAACUGCUUUGGCACUCGCCGUUUGUA